AUGGAUAGUGCUGGUUCCGGAGUAUUACGCACAUACACGAAGACAUUCCUUGAUGAGAAAACUGAAGCAGGAAAUAUUGUCGGUGUUGGCGGCACCUCGAAGGCUGAGAAGAAAAAUUUCAUGGAUUUGGCUGAAAAUCCACAUAUUGUGAAAUUAAGAGGUUAUGCAGAGGAAGGCCCGUAUAUGGCACUAGUAUUUGAUUACCUGCCACGUACUCUAACAAACGGGAUUAUGGAUCUUUCUUGGUUGGACGUGAAAAAGAUUAUGAAGCAACUUGCUCAGGGCAUGAAAUACAUACACGACAAGGGCUAUGCCAACAAUGCAAAGAUCAUUGACCUGGGAGCAGUUAAAAAGCUAGGACCAGGUAAAAAGUCGAUCUGGGCACAAUCUAUAACGGUAGAAUACCUUCCGCCCGAGGCACAAAGAGGUGAAUGUACUACCCGGUCGGACAUUUUCAGCUUUGGCACAUCGAUUCUGCAAUUAUUAGCCAAGAAGGAAAAACCAGGAGGGCCACGGAAGGGGGACGGAAGAUCUGGGAAGACAAAAAAGAAAAAUGACGAAGAGGAUCAUAUAUCUGUUGAAGUUAUGAGGCAGUACGGGAGAGAGCGCCACGUAUUACAUCCACGAUUGUUCGGUGAAGCACGGAAAAAUGCUGCAGAAAAAAUAUCGAACCUGGCGCUCAAGUGUACUAAGUUGGCUGAUGGAUAUAAAUCCAUGGAUGAGAUCAUUGGAGAUGUAGAUGAGAUAUGA